CGUGUUUUUUCGUUCGUAUGAAAGUUAAUUAAUCAAAAAAAAAAGAUGGGUAAAAAAGUCUUCAACGCUAAAGCUCGACAAAACCGUAAAGCAAUUAUCGACAAUUCUGUAUUAAACGAUAUUAAAAUUGAUUUAGAAGUCCUAAAUGCGAAUUCUACAAGUUACGAUGAAGCAAAUGCUUUGGUCUUGCCUUCGAAAAAGCGUGUAACGCAGUCUAAAGAGGAACGUAAGCAAGGCAUUAAGAUAUUGUCCAAGAAACAACGGAAACGUCUACAGACCAUCGUAGAUAAGAAAAAGAAAAAGGGAGAGCGUUGUGAACUUUUGGAAGCUUUGGCUAAUGUUCAAGUACCUGCCACAGAGUUGAACCAAUACACAUCCAUUAGUCAAGUGCAAACGAUUGGAGUUAAAAAGUUAUCAAUACUAGAUAAGUUAUUGACUAAAAAAUCACAAGGGCAACAGCAAGCACAAUUACCUAACAAGCUAAAAUCGUUAAAGGGCGCCACUAAAAGAAAGCUUUUGAUCGAAACGCAUUCAAAAUUAGAGACAAAACGUAAGAACCCGAAUUAUGUAGGAUUAGAAGAUGACGAUGACACAGAAAGUGUGUGCGUCGAAGCCGAAGAAAAGAAAGAUCAAAUCGGCGAAGAUGCGAAAUGCGCCACUGAAGACAUACCACGAAAUAAUGAAAAGAAAGGCACUGAAACUAAACUUUAUGAGGACACUAACAAAAGAGCAGAAUCAAAAAUGAACCGGGAGGAAGUAGAGAAAACAAAGGUAGUGGCAUCAAGGCCUGCAGUUUUCGUACCUGUUCAUAGAGAUUCAAAAAUCCAAGCUGCCCGUUUGAAAUUGCCUAUACUGGCCGAAGAGCAGCAGAUUAUGGAGUUAAUCAAUGAAAAUAACAUCAUCAUAGUGGUAGGAGAAACGGGUUCAGGCAAGACAACGCAAAUCCCCCAAUUUCUUUACGAGGCUGGUUAUACAAAACACGGCCAAAUGAUUGGCGUCACAGAACCACGCAGAGUGGCAGCCAUAGCCAUGUCUACACGCGUAGCUAAAGAAAUGAAUCUAAGCGAGAAGAAGGUUUCCUACCUAAUACGUUUCGAAGGAAAUGUUACGCCGGAAACAGAAAUCAAAUUCAUGACUGAUGGAGUCUUGUUAAAAGAAAUAGAAUCCGAUUUCUUAUUAAAAAAGUAUUCAGUCAUCAUAUUAGAUGAAGCUCAUGAACGUAGUGCGUACACGGAUAUAUUAAUAGGGUUAUUAUCCCGUAUAGUACCCCUGCGCUUGAAACGCGGUAGCACUCCUCUGAAAUUGAUUAUAAUGUCAGCUACAUUGAGAGUAGAGGAUUUCAUUAGUAAUACGAAAUUAUUUAGAAACCCUCCUGCUCUGCUUAAAGUAGAGACCCGACAAUACCCAGUGACCGUGCACUUUCAAAAACACACUCCAACUAAUUACAUUGAGGAAGCCUUUAGGAAGACAGUGAAGGUGCAUACAAAGCUUCCCGAGGGCGGUGUUUUGAUAUUUGUUACUGGACAACAAGAAGUCAGACAACUGGUAAGAAAGCUAAAGAGAACGUUCCCGUAUAAGAGAAACGAAGAAGAUGUAAGAAAAGAACUGAAAGAUGAAAAGUUGGAGGAGAAUGUUCCAGAGGAAGAAUUUGAUAUGAAGCAUGCUAUACGCAGUGUACGGAAGUCUAAAAAAAAAUUUCUCAAUCAUUUAGCACUGCCAAAAAUCAAUUUGGACGAUUUUAAACUACCAGGUGAUGAUACUGAAGCGGACCUUCUAGAAAAUCCACAGUCCGAUCAAAGUGAUGAACUAGAACUUGAUAAUGAAGAAGAUAAUGGACUGCCAUUUUUGGACGGCAAAUCCUCAAUUACUAAAGAGCCCCUUUUUGUUUUGCCAUUAUAUUCCUUAUUGUCUGCAGAGAAACAAAACAGAAUAUUUCAACCACCACCUGAGGGUUGCAGGCUUUGCGUAGUAGCAACCAAUAUAGCUGAAACAUCAUUAACUAUACCGAACAUAAAAUAUGUGAUUGACACAGGUCGUCAAAAGACGCGUUGGUAUGAUAAGAUAACAGGUGUGAGUGCUUUCGUUGUGACUUUUACCUCAAAAGCUUCAGCAGACCAAAGAGCUGGCCGAGCCGGUCGUGUCAAUGCCGGUCAUUGUUAUCGUCUAUAUUCGAGUGCUGUUUAUAAAGACGAAUUCACAGAUUUUUCCAUACCCGACAUACAACAAAAGCCAGUUGAUGAUUUAAUGCUUCAAAUGCGUUGUAUGGGUAUUGAUCGGGUAAUAAAUUUCCCAUUUCCUUCUCCGCCAGACGAGGUACAAUUAAAGGCCGCUGAAAGAAGACUAAUUAUCUUGGGAGCGUUAGAGUCUUUACCAAAACAAAAUAGUACUUUGGCAAAAAACCUUCCACCGAAAAUAACUCGUUUAGGCCGGGUCAUUUCUCAUUUUCCUGUGGCACCUCGCUUUGGCAAAAUGUUAGCCUUAUCGCAUCAAAAAAAUUUAUUACCAUAUACCGUAUGUUUAGUGGCGGCGCUUUCUGUGCAAGAAGUCCUUUUAGAAAUUAACCCUGAAAAUUUUGCGGAUUUUCCGAUAACUAGCAACAAAUGGAAAAAGAAACGUUUGUCAUGGGCUCCUACGGGAAAUUAUCAACUUCUUGGAGACCUCAUGGUCUUACUAAGAGGUGUUGGAGCUGCUGAAUACGCCGGAUGUAAGGGCGAACUUUCACGCUUUUGUUCAGACAACGGUUUGCGUUUGAAAGCCAUUACCGAAAUACGUAAACUACGCAUACAACUUACAAACGAAAUUAAUUUGAACAUAGCUGAUAUUGAUUUGUGCGUAGACCCAGCUAUGCCACCGCCAACUGACAGUCAAGCGCGCUUCCUUCGGCAGAUUCUUUUAGCUGGUAUGGGCGAUAGGGUGGCGCGAAAAAUUCCACUAAACGAUAUUAGCGAUAAAGAUGAAAGACACCGUCUCAAAUAUGCUUACAAUUGUUUGGAUAUGGAGGAGCCAGUAUUUAUGCACUCUUCAUCCGUAUUAAAAUCAAAGUUGCCGGAUUGGAUUAUCUACCAAGAAGCUUAUGAGACUCUAAAUGCCGAUAGCACUAAAAUAUUCAUUCGUGGCAUAACAGCCAUCGAACCUGAAUGGUUACUGAUAUAUGUUCCUUUACUUUGCAAUGUCAAGGCGAUAAGAGAAGAUCCACUGCCGCGCUAUAAAGCUGAGGAAGGCAAAAUCUAUUGUUUCGUUGAUGCCACUUACGGUAAAAGUGCUUGGGAGUUGCCAUUAACUGAAAUGGAAAUGCCCAUAAGUGAAAGAGCCUUUGGCUAUUUCGCCAUGUUUUUCUUAGAUGGCCAAGUAUGUUCCCGCCUAAGUGCCUAUAAAGCUAAAUUAAAAUUUACUCCGUCAGCUAUCAUAAAAAGUUGGUCAAAUCUCAAUCAGUCGAUUGUUCGGUUUAAGCUUGCUUUUAGUAACAAACAAAUCAAUACACGACAAAAACUGAAAGAAGAAUGGCAAGAAAAUCCCAAUUUCUUGUUAGAAGAAUACCACAAUGUGCUCUACGACGUAUCUUUAUACGAAUUGAUUUCUAUAUGGCCUCCCGCAUGAAACUGCAAGUCUUAAGUGAAAAGAAUACCACUUUAUAAAUAAAUUGGACUAAUUUAUUUUUAUUUUCAUGCGUUAUGUAUUUUACUUGUUCAAAAGUAAAAUAAAAACACAACUCAUCGAUCAUCAUAAAGUCACACCCACGUUUAUAAAUUGG